AUGCCGCGCCCCGGGCCCGCCUCGGCGCUGCUGCUGCUGCCGCUGCCCCCGCUGCUGGCGCUGCUGCUGGGGGUGGCCACCGCGGCUCCCUUGGCGCCCAGACCCUCCAAGGAGGAGCUGACCCGCUGUCUGGCAGAGGUGGUCACAGAGGUGCUGUCGCUGGGUCAGGCCCAGAGGGGACCCUGCACAGCUCUCCUCCACAAAGAGAUGUGCGAGACGGAGCCCCACGGCUGCGCGUCCGCCGCGGAGGAAGGCCUGCUGCUUGGGGACUUCAAGAAGCAGGAGGCUGAGAAGACCAGGUCCAGCCAGGAGGUGAGGGAUGAGGAAGAGGAGGAAACAGCAGAGAGCACCCACAAGUCUGAGGUCCGGGAACAGGCCGUCCGCGAGAAACUGCGCAGCCGGCUCCACCAGGAGGAGGAGGAGGAGGCGGAGAAGGAGGAGAGAGGGCCCAUGGAGACCUUCGAGGACCUGUGGCAGCAGCGUCUAGAGGGUGGAGGGGGCCCCCAGAAGCGGGUGGCAGAGAAGGCCAGCGACGAGGAGACGGCCCAGUUCGAGGCAGAGGAGAAGGGCGUGCAGGCGCUGGGCGGGGGCCGCAACCUGUGGCAGGGGGCCGGGACCCGUGGAGGAGAGAGGCCCGAGGACUCGCCGCACCGCCACCACCACCACCCCCGCCACCGCCAGCCAGAGGCUGAGCUCAGGCAGGAGGAGAGGGACGAGGCUUCAGAGAGGGAGGAGCAUGACGUGGAGCAGCUGGAGCGUGCGAGGGACGCGCUGAAGGAGGCCACGGAGAAGCUGGGGGCGCAGCUCAGGAGGGAGGGCUGA